GGGGCACCGGAGCCCCUGAACGGCCUGGCUCCAGCAGCAGGAAUGUGCAGCUGGGAUCUGGGCUUUGCUCCCUGUUAAGUGCCAGCCUCGCCCGAGCCCUUCCUCGUGGGAGACAGCGUGCAGCCAGCCCCCUCCGAGCGUGAUGGGAACCACCGAGGCCACACUGCGGAUGGAGAACGUGGACGUGAAGGAGGAGUGGCAGGAUGAGGACUUUCCCAGACCUCUCCCAGAAGAAACGGGAAUGGAGUCACUGGGCAGCCCUACAGAAGAUGAGAACACAUCCACUCCCCCAAAUACUUUAAACUUUAAUGGGGCACACCGUAAGCGGAAGACCCUUGUUGCACCCGAAAUCAACAUUUCCCUGGACCAGAGUGAAGGCUCCAUUCUUUCUGAUGACUUCUUGGACACACCAGACGAUCUGGACAUUAACGUCGAUGAUAUUGAAACCCCUGAUGAGACAGAUUCCCUUGAAUUCCUGGGGAACGGGAACGAACUGGAAUGGGAAGAUGACACUCCCGUAGCCACAGCCAAGAACAUGCCUGGAGACAGCGCAGACCUGUUUGGGGAUGGCGGGGCAGAAGACGGGAGUGCUACCAAUGGACGGCUCUGGAGAACAGUCAUCAUUGGAGAGCAGGAACACCGCAUUGACCUGCAGAUGAUUAAACCUUAUAUGAGAGUUGUGACACAUGGAGGCUACUACGGAGAAGGCCUCAAUGCCAUCAUUGUCUUUGCUGCCUGCUACCUCCCAGACAGUAACCUGGCUGAUUACCACUACAUCAUGGAGAAUCUCUUCUUAUAUGUAAUCAGUAGCUUGGAGCUGCUGGUGGCUGAGGACUACAUGAUCGUGUACCUAAAUGGAGCAACACCCCGGAGGAGAAUGCCAGGCCUUGGCUGGCUGAAGAAAUGCUAUCAGAUGAUAGACAGAAGACUGCGAAAAAACCUCAAAGCAUUGAUAAUCGUGCAUCCGUCAUGGUUCAUCCGGACAGUGCUGGCUAUAUCCAGGCCCUUCAUCAGUGUGAAGUUUAUCAACAAGAUCCAGUAUGUUCACAGCUUGGAGGAAUUGGAGCAACUCAUUCCAAUGGAGCAUGUGCAGAUCCCAGACUGCGUCUUACAAUACGAAGAAGAGAGAAUCAAGGCCAGAAAAGAAAGGGCAGAAGAGAAACAAGACAUGGCUGAGAAGGAAAGGCCUGUGCCCCCAGCGGAAGAUCAGGAAACCAGCAUGUCAUGAAGUGAAAUGCUGCAAAAUGACUGGAGUAGGAGAACAACGCAGGCUG